CAUAUGUGUCAAAUUUAUUCCUUCGUGCUGUUUGUCGGAGAAUUCGUUCCUCAUACUGUUACUUAUUUUUUACAAUAAUUGUGAGUUGUAGUUAUGAAAGUGAAUGGUUUUUGUUUAGUGAAAGCAAAGCUGUGAAAAUUUGUACGUAUUCAGUAACAUGGAUACUCCCAACAUGGACACUGUGUACCAGGCCAUAAGCGCCCUUUAUGAUAACCCCAACGCAAGCGAAAAGGAAAAAGCAUCCCUUUGGCUUGGGGAUAUGCAGAAAUCUAUACACUCUUGGAAGAUAGCUGAUGAUCUGCUACAACAGAAAAAAGACAUUCAUUCUUGCUAUUUUGCUGCCCAAACUAUGAGAUCUAAGGUGCAACACAAUCUAUCCGAACUGCCUUCAGAAGCUCUUAUUUCUCUUCGUGAUUCUCUGGUAGCACACUUGGAAAGGACUUCACCAGACACAAGUGCUGCUAUUCUCACCCAACUCAGUCUUGCAUUAGCUGAUUUAGCACUACAAAUGCCCUCAUGGCAAAAUUGUAUAACAGAUUUGAUAACAUCAUUUUCCAACAAAAAUGAUUAUGCUCUUUUAGAAAUUUUGACUGUAUUGCCCCAAGAAAUAGAUUCCUCAAAUUUGAAACUUGGUGAAAACAGAAGAGAAGAGGUCAAGCAGGAGUUAAGGGCUAGUGUCCAUAUUGUGAACUUAUUUCUAAAAGGAAGUAUUGUGAAUUCGCAAAAUACUCAUGUAGCAUUAAAAGUUAUAAAAUGUCUGACAUCGUGGAUACAAGUUAGAGCUAUUAACAUGCAAGAAAUACCUGAAAAUGAUGUAGUAGGACUAAGCUUACAAGUGUUAAGGGAUCACAGUUCAAUAAAUAUGUUACAUGAUGCAGCUUGCGACUGCAUCUGUUCAUUACUUCACUGUUUAGAGGACAAUAACAACUGUGAGGAUGUAGAGAAGUUGUUAUUUGAGAGUGUGUCGGCUCUAGAGGAAAGCUAUCACAUGGCAGUGGCUCAUGAAGAAGAAGAGAAGGCGGCCAAUUAUGCUAGAGUAUUCACCGAGCUGGCAGAGUCAUUUUUAAGUAAAAUUGUAAAUGCAGCAGCUAAUGGAAGUACUCAUUUUGCCAUGAGAUCCUUAGAAUUAGCUCUUGUGUGUGUGGGCCAUCAUGACUAUGAGGUAGCUGAAAUUACUUUCAACUUGUGGUACAAAUUGUCAGAUGAAGUUUAUCAGAGAGACUACCAGCCUUUAACAGAUGCAUUUAAACCACACAUUGAGAGGUUGAUUGAGGCUUUGGCAAGACACUGUCAGUGUGAACCGGAUCAAGCGCAACUGCCUGAUGAGGGUGAGGAGUUCUUUGAGUUUCGUGUGAAGGUAAUGGGCCUCAUAAAGGAUGUGGUGUUUGUUGUCGGAUCCAGCUUUGUGUUUCGACAGAUGUUUGCGACUCUCCACGCUGACAUCUCCUGGGAGCAGACUGAAGCUGCACUGUUUGUGAUGCAGGCAGUUGCCAAAAACAUAUUACCCGAAGAGUACGAAUACGUUCCGAAAGUGGUUGAAGCCAUCCUCUCGAUGCCCGAGAACAGUCACCCGGCAGUGCGGAAGACCUGCAUCUUACUGCUGGGGGAAUUGUGCGAGUGGAUCGAGCAGCAUACUGAAGCCCUGGAACCGAGUCUUGGCUGCUUGAUCACUGCACUUAAUGAUGAACAACUGGCGUAUGCAGCUGCGCUUUCCCUACAGAACAUCUGCAAGGCGUGUCGUUCGCACGCUCACGUGCACGCGGGGGUGCUGCUGCAGGCGUCGCGCGCCGCCGCCCGCCUGCCGCUGCCCGCCGCCGCCGCCCUCGCGCGCGCCCUCGCCGCCGCCCUGGGCCCGCUGCCGCCCGCCCAGUUGAGCGUGGCGAUGCGCGAAGCGGUGGGCAUCCACCUGGCCACACUCUCGGAGCUGGUGAAGUGCGACCGCGAGCCGGUGCGGGGCACGGAGUGGGACCCGGUGUCGGGGCUGGACAAGCUGGCCGCGUUGUUCCGCGACGUGGGCGUCGAGUCUGCGGGCGCGCCGCACCCCUGCCUGCCCGCGCUGGCCGACGCCUGGCCCGUGCUGAGGGACGUGAUGCACAAAUACGCAGCCGACAGCCGAGUGAUGGAAAGGUCGUGUCGAGCGCUCCGAUUUGCCAUCCGAUGUACAGGAAAACACGCGAGCGGACUGUUACAACCGUUAGCACAGACUCUGGCGACGUUGUACGAAGCCAGAGCCCACUCCUGUUUACUCUACUUAGGAUCAGUUCUACUCGACGAGCUCGCUUCGACGCCGGAGUGUGUGCCAGAUCUUAUAGCCAUGUUGCAAGCGCUGAUGCCUAAAGCUUUCCAGCUGCUACAACAGCCUAAUGGACUUCAAGACAAUCCGGAUACGGUCGACGACCUAUUUCGACUUUGCAUCAGGUUCCUCCAGCGAAUCCCUCUAGAUUUUCUAUCGUGCGGCGCGUUAGACGCGGUGGUGGAAUGUGCCCGGUUGGCGAGUAAACUGGAUCAUCGUGAAGCCAACUCUUCCGUUAUGAAGUUCUUGUACGACUUGGGUUCUGCUGCCAAUAACGUCCGCGGGAAGGAGGAAGUUAAAAAACUAGCGAGCGAAGCUUUACAGCGGCACGGCGAGGAGCUAACGUACGCGCUGCUGGAAGCGUGCGUGCUGCACCUGCACGCGUACAUGAUCGCCGAGGUGGCGGACGCCAUGCUGGAGCUGGUGGUGUACCAGCGCCGGGAGCACCAGGACUGGCUGCAGGGGGCGCUGCGGCGCCUGCCGCGCCCGCCCUCGCCCCGCGCCCGCGCCGCGCCCACGCCGCACCAGGCCGCUGCGUUCCAUCACGCGGCCGGCAGGUACCUGUGUGUGUGUCCAGCCCCAGCCCCAGCCCCAGCCCCAGCACCAGGACUGGCUGCAGGGGGCGCUGCGGCGCCUGCCGCGCCCGCCCUCGCCCCGCGCCCGCGCCGCGCCCACGCCGCACCAGGCCGCUGCGUUCCAUCACGCGGCCGGCAGGUACCUGUGUGUGUGUCCAGCCCCAGCCCCAGCCCCAGCCCCAGCACCAGGACUGGCUGCAGGGGGCGCUGCGGCGCCUGCCGCGCCCGCCCUCGCCCCGCGCCCGCGCCGCGCCCACGCCGCACCAGGCCGCUGCGUUCCAUCACGCGGCCGGCAGAGCAGAGAAAAGCAAAGAGUUGACGCGGCUACUAAGAGACUUCGCGAGGCUGUACAGAUAAGCAGGCGGUCCCCUACUAUGAUGCGAAGUCGAACGAACGGCUGACCUCACCGAAGACUGAACGGGACAAAAGAUGGCGUAUUUCGUAUACGUCCACAGAACAGAGUAUUCUCCAAAUAUAUUAUAAGUUUGUUGCAUUUCCAAGUGCUGAAUCAUUCGAUACGAUUCACGUGUUUAGAAGGCAGUGAGCGUUUGUUAUGGAUCUUAUAAAGUAGAUUUAGGUAGACGAAGAACGAAUGAUAGAAUAAAUAUCUCAUAUCACCUAAACCAACAGUUUGAAUUGUAAUUGUCGAUUCGUUGAUUUUUCUUCCCAUCUUAUAAAUAAUGUGAAAUUAAAAACUCAGUUUUUUGAUAUCUGUAUAGAUUUAUUUUACAAUUGAUUGGAACAGGAUAAAGUCGCCUGAUAAGCUAGGUAAGUAUGACUCUGACGAAAUAUAUUUUGUUAUUAUUAUACUCUCCUUUAUUUUGAAAUGUGAUAGCAUUGAUUUGUAAAUAUUUAUUAUAAAUGUUUACUUUUAAUCUGAGUUUAUUUUCACCUGCACCAAAUUAAGAGUCCAUAUCUUUUGUUUUUGAUAAAACUUGAGUGUUUCACUUUUUCUUCGCGUUUUUAGGACUAGAAAGUGUUACAAAACUAACUCUUCGGGGAGCUUUGGGGCUCGGGGCAGCCUUCACCGCCACGGGUUCUUUGAUAUCGGUCACUUUAGCUUGUUUCAAGAAGUUACCACUGUCUUUGUUAACAGUGAUGGAAGUCUUCGGGGUAGUCGGUUGAACGGUCUGUUCCUUAUUCCUUUCAGGAGAUGUUUUCUUAGAAUCUUUAGGUGGACUUUCGGAUUUCGUUUCUGUUUCAUCGUAAACGAGCUUCAUAUCUUCACUGUCCUCGAUUUCGAUGACCUCGGAAGGUUUAUCGCUUGGCUGAUCAACUUCCAUAGCCUCUGUCUGUUUCGGCACAACUAUAUCGUUGUUGGAGUUAUCCGACCACGAAGACAUGGCCACAUCGUCCAAAAUGUCCCUCUUGACCGGGGUUUUCUGUUGGACUUGCUGGACCUUCUGCUUCUUGGGCGAUUUCUGUGAAGGAGUUUUGAAUUUGAUAAACGAGUCUAUUUUCUGUAGAUUGCUGGCUGGUUUAGUUUCUUCGGGGGUCUUCACUUUUGUAGAUUCAGUGUUCUGUGGCUCACUUUCUUCAACUUUCAUGGGUGCUGGUUGUUUGUGUAGUUCGAUUUCUGCUUUAGACAAGGGUUCCCCGAGCUCGUUCUCCCCGAAGGAGAUGACCGAACAAAACCCAUCCGUACUGGAAGCCACCAAUUGUCUGCCAUCCGAUGACCACGUCAGGUCUGUCAGUGUAGUGUAUAUUGGAUAUGACAGCGAGUGGAGUCUUCUGCUGCGUGUCGUAUAUAAGCACGGAUCUCUUGGUAGCUACGGCCAGUAUCAUCCGUCCGUGGGUCUUGAAAGCAGCCCCCGGCCCGGAGCCCCGCACUCGGUACAAGACGGGGCUCCAGCGGGUCACCAGUGCUGCUUCACCGCAAGGCAGCACGCAUACGGGAAUUUUGAGAGAAUAUCUAGUGUAAAUGUAAACGGCGUUGAUCGGCUUCAUAUCCAUCUUGCCUUGUUCUGGCUCUAUUCUCCCAGCCGGGACAGCAAUCAGCAGACCAUCGGGGCUGAAGUGCAAUCUACGGUAAUAUGUCUGCAAAGUGUCGUCAUGAUACAGCCUCACUUUCACAUUAUGCAAAGGAUGCUCCAGAAGAAAUGGCAAGGUGGCUUUACUGCUCCGAGACACAACCUUCUUUGUGGAAAUGUCAAAUGUACGAAAUACUCUGAAACAAAGCUAGCUGAGGCAAUGAACCCGUUCUGAGGAUCCCAAGCCACUCCCUGUACAAAUCCUUUAUGAUCCGUGAUGAUGGAGCUGUACCUCCCUCGAGACACAUCCCACACCAUGAGCUUAUUGUCAACAGAGCCUGACGCAAUAUGUAAAGAAUCUGGACUCCAGCACAAAUCGAGGACAUCUUCCAUGUGACCACGCAGUGUCUUGUGAAUAACCCAAGUUUCUUUAUAUUGUUCUUCACCUUGUUCUAAUACUGGAGCAACUUCUUUCUCUGUUUUUUGUUGCCAUAUAAAUAUAAUAGACUCAUCGUCCCCUGAAGCUAAUAGGUGUCCAUUUGGAGACCAUCUCACUACAUUUACAGCUUUCUGAUGACGAGUUAAAUCAGCAGCUACUUCGAUAUUAACAGACCCAGCAUCUGCAGUUGUUAUAUACCAUAUCUACACAUGAGAAUCUGUGCCACCUGUUGCAAGUCGCAAAGGUCCAUUACCAUCACAUUUUGGUUGGAAAUCCACACUUAAAACAGGAUCUCUGUUAUGCCAAGAUAUUUCAGGUAUUGCAAACUUCAUUAUUCAGCGGUUAUAAUUCAGAAAAAGUGAUUUUAAGCCUGAAAAAUUGUGGUCAAAUUAACUUCCGAUUUCGAGAUAACCAAACUGUCAGAUUUGCGC